UGCGCCAGAACAUUUUCAGUUGAGGAGCUCACAGAUCAUCGCAGGAGAAAAAGGAGCGUUGUGCCACGCGGAUGAUAUUCUAGUGUUUGGCAAAGACAAAGUGGAACAUGACGAACGGCUACAGCAGGUGCUUAAAAGAAGGGAGAAGGCUGGCCUGAUUCUCAAUGAAAAAUCGCCCCCUGGCAGGUGAAGGAAAAGCCGCACCUCAUUAUAAGCCACAUGGUUCAAAGUGUGGGAAAAAAGUAGCGGCUUAUAGUCCGCAAAAUACGGUGUACCACGGAGCCUGACACCCACAGAGGUACAAUAUGCCCAGAUUGAAAAAGAGGCUCUUGCAGCAACGUGGGCCUGUGAACGACUCAGCUCAUACCUGCUAGGUUUGGAGUUCACAGUGAGAACCGACCACAAACCUCUGGUCUCCCUCUUAGGUUCUCGGGCCUUAGACGAUCUACCACCAAGAAUCCUAAGAUUCAGGCUCAGACUGCUGAGGUUCAACUACAAAAUUAUUCAUGUCCCUGAUAAACUUCUUGUCACAGCAGAUGCUCUUUCCAGAGCUCCUCAAGGACUGGAGGACAGAGAAGCCAAUAGCAGCUUGCAGCAGGAAUGUUGUAUGUAUGUUGACCACAUCCUUCAACAACUACCUGCCACAAAAAGUAAAUUGGCUCACAUCAUGGACAUUCAGAGCACCGACAGCGUUUGUAAACAGCUGAAAACAUUUACUGAAAACGGCUGGCCCUCCAACAGGAGGAACGUCCCAGAGCACCUUCUUCCGUUUUGGCCUGAAAGGACUGAUCUUCAUCUGGCCUUCUCAAAGGCAAGAUGACUUUGAUUCCAGCAUGCAUGCAGACAGACAUGUUGGACAGGUUGCAUGAAGGCCAUCAGGGGGUGACUAAAUGUGUGGCACGUGCACAAGAAUCCCUGUGGUGGCCGGGGAUAACACGACAGAUCAAAGACAUGGUGGAAAGAUGUGAAAUCUGCUGCCAGUUUUCACAAACAAAGACAGAGCCACUGAUGACUACGCCUCUACCACCACGCUCGUGGCAAAAAGUAGCGGUUGAUAACUUUCAGUGGAAAAACAGCCAUUAUAUUGUGGAUGUGGACUGCUUCUCCCGAUACAUCGAAGUAGCCAACCUUCCAUCUCUCACAACAGCUACAACGGUGGAGCGGCUGAAGGUGAUCUUUGCAAGAUUAGGCAUGCCGGAAUGCCUGGUGACAGACAAUGGCCUGCAGUUUGCUUCCUCGGACUUUAGCUCGUUUGCCCAGGACUAUGGUUUCCGGCAUGUGACCAGUAGCCCUCGUUACUCUCAGAGCAACGGGGAAGCAGAGAGAGUCGUCCGGACGGUCAAACAGCUGCUCAGUAAAAGUCCAGACCCUCAGAGGGCUCUCUUAGCCUACAGAGCUAUGCCGUUAGCUCAUGGACUGAGUCCAGCUCAACUGCUGAUGGGGAGGCGGAUAAGGUCCACGGUUCCCACCACAGCACAGGCGUUGAAUCCAGCCUGGCCGAACCUUGGAGCCUUCAGGAAAAGGGAUAAAGAGUUGAAGGAGAGGCAGAAGAAUUUGUUCGAUAGGAGGCACAAGGCCAAAGACUUACCAGUUCUGAUUCCAGGCCAAAAAGUGUAGAUCAGAGCAACACAGUCCACAGCUACGGUCCAGGGUCCGGCCUCAACCCCAAGGUCUUAUGUAGUGGAAACCGAGCAAGGGAGUUUUAGAAGAAACAAGGUUCACCUGACUGUACUCCCUGAGACCGAUCUGCCUUGCUCUGAGGAGCCGGUGUCAGACCUGACACAGAGACUCCUGGGUACCACAGUGUAACGGUAUGGUCCACUGUACCAUUGAAAAGGGGGGAUAUGUAACGGUAUGAAAUGACUGUUUUCCACCAAAAGUCAUUUUCCCCCUCUCCUCUGACACAGAACUAGACUGCAUGAGAUAUGGCCUCAAGGUCUCAUGCAUUGGUUAUAACUGCUUCUUUCCAGCUCAAGAGAAGAAGGAAGAAUGGACUCUGUCCUUUUAAUAAAUCAAAGAACUCUAUUUUAAUAAGCUAAUCAAACAAAGUGUUAGUCAUUAAAUAAGAUGUGACCAAUCUAAGAAAUCUAAACAAUUACUUUAUUAUAAUCCUAUAAAAUAUAAUAAGUAAUAUGACUUUAAAUGUUCCUCUAGGACUGAUCUCACAUAGCGUUAAAAGACAUGACACAUUGCAUUCACUGAUCCAAUCAGAAUCUGCCAGAUCUGACAGAGGCGUGGUUUUGGUGGUGCUUGGUAAAUCUGUCAACUUUUCAUUCGACCAUAAACCAAAACAUCCGAAGUAUAAAACUAUGCCCACGUCAUCUUUAACGCCAGUUCAAAGCGUUCUAGAGAAGUUGUCGGAGUGGCCAAUCCGUAACUUUCCUCUUCAGCCAAAAGAACCAACGACAAGCUGGAUAAGAUCUGUUGCUGUUCCAACUGCUGCAACAGUUCCUUUCAGAAUAAAAGUUGAACCAUCAUG